AUUUUAAACAAAAAUGUUGUCAUCAUAGACAAUUUAAAUUUGUGUUUGUGUUCGUUUUAAAAUAUUUGUGAAAUAAAAUGUUUAACAAUAUACAAAAUUUAAUACCCCGAAAUACCUUUAAUAUUGUAAGAUUUGGUUCGAGUGCUACUAAGAAAAAGGAUAGUAAGAAACCACCUAAAGAGGAAAAAAAACCGCCGAAUAUGAAAACGUUUCAAAUCUACCGGUACGACCCGGAAGGUAAAUCGAAGAAACCAACGAUGAAAUCGUACACCAUCGAUCUCAACGACUGUCGGCCGACAAUUCUCGACGCGCUGAUGAAAAUCAAAACCGAACAAGAUUCGAGCCUGAGCUUCAGGAAAUCUUGCAGAGAAGGAAUUUGUGGUUCUUGUGGAAUGAACAUAGAUGGAUUGAAUGCGCUAGCCUGCACCAGAAAAAUUCAAGCCGGAGGAAAGACCAAAAUCUACCCGUUACCUCACAUGUACGUCAUUAAAGAUCUAAUCGUAGACUUCACUCAUUUCCUCAAACAACACGACAGGAUCAAACCGUUCCUCAUCAGAGACGAGGAGCCCAUAAAAAACAAGCAAUUCGUGCAAAGCAUUAAAGACAGAGACGACCAGAUAGGCCUGGCUGAGUGCAUCCUCUGCGCGUGCUGCUCUACCUCCUGCCCGGAGUACUGGUGGCACGGGCACAGCAAGGCCCCCGACGAUUUCCUGGGGCCCGCGGCCCUGCUGAACGCCUACCGUUGGGUCACGGAUUCCAGAGACCGCGCCACCGACGCCAGAUUGAAAGAGCUGAAGAAUUAUUACAGCUUGUACAGGUGCCAUCAGAUAAACAACUGUUCAACGUGUUGUCCAAAGAGAUUGAUACCUGGAAGGGCUAUAGCUAAAUUGAGGUUGUUGGUGGGAGAUAUGGUUGGUAAGAAAGUGCCGGAUUUGCACGGAGUCGCUGUUUCGGACCCGUUGAAGGCGUGCGGCAAAAAAGUCCGGAAAUCUUAAUAUUUCGUAUUAUAAUUAAAAAUUCGCCAUUCCAUACAACAUGAAUUUAAAGCGACUCGAAACAUGAUUUUUACUAAAGAUUUAUUAGCAUUGUUAUUCAUUACAUAUACACUUCCAUUUAAAAAAUAAAAUGAUUGUUUUUGUCAAAUCGUUAUUGUGGAUUUCUUACAUCUUAUGUCCUCCAUACAUCCCAAUUUAUUCGAUUAUAAAAAAAAUAGGUGAUGCAAUUUUCUACGACCCUUUGUAGAUCAUUAAUUUACACUCCCUUUUUUGCCUAACGUGGAAGUAAACUAUUUUUCUUUAUCCACAUUUAUGCCUUCAAGAGUGUCAUCCCUUGUAUAGUCCUUAAGGACUUCCUGGAACGUGCAUUCGAGGUUCAGGUAUUUGUUAAACGCGCACCAAUCAAUCAUCCUGCCCGCUUUUGUAGGCGGCUCCGAAACCCACCACAAUUCGUA